AUGCUUUUGCGCAGACAAUUCCAAUUGGCAUUUGCUCCUAUCCGGUUAAGUCAGUUUUGUCUCUCGACUAGGCAGCAAUUUCGAAAUAUAAGAAAUGCUGGAGUUUGCUUCCAGUCUACGUUCACGGGAACUACAAUAAAGUCUUUACCUCCAAGAAUCAUACCAGUAUACCAAGAUUGCGUCUCUCCUCAGUCAGUAGGAGGAAAAGCAAAUUUGAAGCAAUUACAAUGGCCGCUGUCACCCAGAAAUAUUCUGAUCCUAAAGAAAACUAUGGAUUUGAAGGUCAAUCAGUGUUUCACGAGACUAGUUGAACACUUGCAGACCAUUUAUCCUGAUUUAUCUCUUAUUGUAGAUAAAGAAACUGCAAAGGCUUUUCCGCAGUAUAAAUUGUAUAGCUGGGAUGAUGAGGCGGACUUAGAAAAGAAGGUAGAUAUCGUGAUAACAGUUGGUGGAGAUGGAACCAUUUUACAUGCCGCCUCUUUGUUUGCAAAAUCAGGCAUGCCACCUAUAUUAUCAUUUUCUCUAGGAACCUUGGGAUUUCUUUUGCCUUUUGAUAUUUCGGACUUUCAAACGGCAUUUGCAGACAUGUAUUCUUCACGCUCUUAUGUAUUAAUGAGAAUGCGAUUAUCUUUGACUAUGAAAAGAAAUACUUAUGAUGAGACCAGUUUCAUCAUGAAUGAAAUGCAUAUUCAUAGAGGUCUCUCUCCGCAUAUGGCUGUCUUGAAAGUAUUCAUUAACGAUAAAUUUCUAACUGAAGCAAUUGCUGACGGGAUAAUAAUAUCCACUCCUACUGGAUCAACUGCGUAUUCCCUAUCUUCUGGUGGACCGAUUGUGCAUCCAUCUAUUAAUGCUCUCCUGCUUACACCCAUUUGUCCGAGUUCUCUUUCUUUUCGACCUGUUUUAUUCCCCGAUUCUUUUACUAUCAGUGUUGAAACAUCAGAAAAGUCUCGUGUCCGACCCCAGCUUUCGGUCGAUGGCCGUUUACUUGGGUUGACAGAUAUCGGGCAACGUAUUCAUAUAUGCAGCAAGAAAGAUAAUGGAAUUCCUUGUGUUAUUCGUAGCCAUAAAGAAGACGAUUGGAUGAGUGAUAUCGUUGGACUUCUUCGCUGGAACCAUCCUUUUGAUCGUAAAGGAUGGUAA